CGUGCACAUAUUAUUACAGGGAAACAAAAGAAUGUUCCCUGCCUUUGACUGUUCACAUUUACUUUGAGUUUAGUUCAAACAUGAUUUGAAUUAAAAUGUAAUUGUUUAAUAGUGGAAAUCUAGAUGUGUCAGGUCAACCACUGAUUGACCCACUUAGAAGGUAAGCCAUCUAGUGGCAGUCUCCUGUUAAAUCGACUAACAGACCUCUGUCUUUUCCUUUCUGUUUUGAAACUGCAUGUCUACUUUUACCCCUUUUGAUUGAUCUCACACUGUUUGAUUAAUUUCAUGAUCAUUAAUGAUAACUUACAAGCUAUCAAUGGUUAUUAUAGGAUAUUAUUCCGAUUUUCCUUUUAAUUCUUACAUGCUUAUUUUAAAUUUUGAUUUAAACCAGUUUUGAAUUUUUAAUUUGAAUUAAGUUUUCUGCUCAGCAGGUUAAAGACAGAGAAGCAGUACUUUCCCCCCCUUGUGGUGAAAACCAGCUACUCCUUCUCCCUUGUUUCAUUACUGUCUUUUAAUUUGAUGUUUAUUAUUUUGCUUCUCUCUUUUGACUUAGGUUAUUUUGAUAAUUACCAUUAUUAUCAUAAAUUCCUUUGUUUUGUUUUAUCAUGAUUAGGUAAAGCUGUUACCUUUCCUCUCUACAUAUAGUUACUCAAUUGAUGUUAAACAAACCAAACCUUAAUUAACUUUAAGUUUCCUUUGUUCAUCCUUUGUGUAUUUGAUUGUAGAACUCCCUUGGUGAUUGGACAGUCAUCUCAGGUUUCCAGUGAGCAAGGCUGCCCGAUCGGUGUUACCGAUACUGGCUGCGAGUGAAACUCGGUCCCUCUUGUCUCAAGAGACAUCAGCAAUUUUGGCACUCCAAAGGUUGUGCUAAAAGUCACAAGCCGUGCUGUCCUGCGACACGCCAGAGUAACGGAGGACCGGGGACACUGCGGUUCAGUGUUUGGGGAGCACCGGGGAGGUUGACCAAGCCACUGGUUCCCACCUGAAUGACUUCAAUUCAACCAGAGACAGUAACCUGGGAGCCACCAACGAAGUUAAAUAGUAGAGCGACCACCAGCAGCCGGUGUCAUCACACGACCCGCUAGGCUACUGCCUGUCAAAUCUCCAUUUCAGGUCCUUCGUUGACCCAAGUUAAUUGGCUACUUAACUGUCUGACUGUUUGCAUCAGUCAGCCCCAAAAUUCUCAUAAACGGCACAGCCCGUAUGAAUAUAGCUUGUUAAAUGUAGAACGAACUUGCAUUGGUCUUUUUGUGUGUGUGUGCUGUGCUUCUCUCACCGACAGAGAAUCAGGAUGUUCCAGGCAUCCAGUCCAGCAGUCCACGGGGGCAACCUCUCGACAUGGUUGAAAGCAGUGACGACCCCCUUCCUGCCCAAGGACGCCAGUAACCUGCAGCACCCAGAGCAACUAGACACCGAGCUAGAUGAACUGAUGGCACGCGAUCCAAACCAAAGCGACUACUACAGAGAACUCGCCAGGAUCUUCGGAAGCCUAGUUCACAUUCUCGUCACCCAGGCACGGCUCAGUGAACGGAGCAACAUCGCGGAGGAGGCCUGGAAGGACCAGGCCCCAACCCAGAGUCAUCUUGAUCAGCUUCUCCUCGAGACCCAGAACCAGCGCGAGAAAGAGGACGACACAGAUCCAGAGCUACAGAAAGGAGGUGAAAGACUUCACAAUGCCCUGCAAGAUCUUCGCCUCGACACAGAUCAAAGAGAACAGCUGGAGAGAGAAGCCAGAAAAGACCUCAACAAAAAACUCCAGCAAGGUGACGCUCUCCUAAAAGGAGCAGAGACUGAAUUGAAAGAAAGAGACUAUAAAACCUGGGCCUGCAAAACACACUUGCAAGCGGCCCAAGCUAAAUUCAACAAGCUUACUCUGCAGAGAGACAAGCUCCAAGAUGAACUUUACACUGUUCACACAGAACUGAGACAAUUUCACAGAUUACAGAGUGGCUGGAUCGGAGAAACGCACACCACAAAAUUUCUCCCGGGCCGCCACUCCAACCCUUUCAGCCAAGAACCCAGAGCUGGAAAAGGGGGUGUAGUCUCCCUUCUAAGGAAAUCACCAGCCAGCUUACAAGAACAUCUGUCAACAACGGAGGGAAGAGAACCCUUCCAGAGAACGCAUGUCACCAAACCCUGCACUGCUCACAGAGAACUUCACAAGCUAACCAGAAGCAUCUCUACAUUCAAUCCAGAUCCUGCAGGAGGACAUGAUGUUCAUGCUUCUUUACAAGCCAUUGACUUUCAUUUGCAAACUGUCGCCAACGUGACAGAUGUGAACACAUUGUACCUGUUAAAAAUCACGGCCAGCCGUGAUGUGCAUUGCUUUCUGGAUCGUCAACCAGAGACUGUCAAAGCGUACUACCAGCAACUGCUACAGACUUUGAUUCUUGAAUUCUCUGAUCCAAACUCAGACCAUGGGCUCCUUAUUGCUAUGGACCUCAAACAGGGCCGAUUUGAAAACCCACAGACUUUCUGUAGUCAGCUACGAAACACCUACUUCGGAGCAUGCAACGAACCAGGUAUGGAACAGGAUUUCAACUUAAAAACUCUGUUCCUCCCAAACCUACAUGCCAGUUGGAGUUUUCAUCUCAGAGUCCCAGCGUGUCCCCGUAACAGGACUACACAAGAGUUACGGAACUUAGCCCACAAAGCUUGCACCAAGCAAAAGACUAUCUGUGAAAAGACUGUGAAAAAACCCAAAGUCUCUGUCUCUGAGCACUGCUUGGAGUUAACCCUAGAUGGCGCCCUACAACACCACAGUCACAGACAUUUUUACAGAGAGUCAAUACCGUUCCAAGCCAGCAGAGGGCAACACAGUGCAGCCACGUCUGAGACAGCAGAGAUCCUGAGGGUGCUGAAAGUGCUUCUUCACAUGAAAACUCACAAGGAAGAUGAGCCAAGCACCCAGAACACUGCCCGUCAUCUACAGACCACAGAGCUAACUGUCACAGCACAAGGUGACAGCAACACCCAAGCUCCACAGUCAACACCUGCACACCCUGAACGAGACAGCACAGGUACCACAAACACAAGGUACCAGAAAAUGCUGUUUCGACUACCUGCCUUCGCAGCGAGCUACACAAGACCACCAACCACCGAUCGUCCCACCUGCCCUGAUGCCAACAUUCCUGGGCAGCCUUGUCAAAAAGGGGGUGGGCCGAAAAGGAGUCAACAGGGAAGACCUGAUCGACACAGGAUUAAACCUGACGGUGAUCUCAUCUUACCUUUUCAAAAGACUCCAAUUUGAAGCUAAGAGACAAGAUCGAACUCUUACACCUCAAACUUAUGAACUGAAUGUACAGGUGUACAGACAGGAUGACAUCCAGUUUGAACAGGUUGUUUCCAUUCACCUGACAUUCGUUCCGAUGAGUCUAAUACAUCCCAUGUAUG